UUUUUAUUUUUUUUUUGGAUCUUUUUUUUUGGCAUCCCUUCUUCCAGUCCACUUCUCAUUAAUCUAUUCCUUGCCAUGACUGAUCUCAAUAACACUAACGGUUCUCCUAUUGAUGGCGAAGACACUGAGGUUGUAGAUGAGGGUAACCGUAGCAUCCUCAUGGACAUCAUCUCCCAGCUCAGCAAAGGCGGCGACCUUCAUCGCGUUACUCUUCCAACCUUUGUUCUCGAACCCGUAGCAUGUUGGAACGUAUUACCGAUUUCAUGUCCCACCCUGAACUCAUCAUCAAAGCCAACCAACUUGAGGAUCCUGUGGAGAGAUUUGUAUCCGUGACCGCUAUUUCUUGUCAGGCUGGCACAUUAAGCCCAAGGCGAACAUUUCCGUGCAAAAUGGGAAUUCGCAGACGGUACAGAGGCAUUUUAUGUGGCAGAACAAUUUCGCAUCAUCCUCCUAUUUCGGUUUACUACUAUGCCAGCCCAGAGAAUAAUCUCAGGAUUGUUGGUGAUCUUUUGCCUAAAUCCAAAUUUCUUGGCAACAGCGCGGCAACGUUAAUGCAGGGUGAGAUUAAUGUCUCAUUUACGAACCGUCCUGGCGAGGAAUACCUCAUUACUAUGCCAAAUGUCUAUGCUAGGGGUAUUUUGUUUGGUACGAUGUUGAUGGAGUUAGGAGACGUUGCAACUGUAAAGUGUUCGAAAUUAGAUCUUAUUUGCUCUCUUGAGUUUAAAGUGAAGGGGUACUUCACGGGCUCUUACAAUGGCAUCUCAGGAAAAAUCAAACGCAUCUCCACAGGGGAGGUUCUUUAUGAAAUUUCUGGAAAGUGGUCCAACGAAAUCUAUAUUUCUAAGAAGGGCAACAAUAAGGAGGUUUAUUUUGAUGUUAAGACAGCCAGAAUCCAUCCAAAGAUCGUCGCGCCUGAAGAUCAACAAGAGUGGAACGAAUCGCGUCGCCUUUGGAGCAAACUGACUGCAGCUCUAAAAGUUAAUAACCAAUCACUGGCAACAGAGGAGAAAAGCAAGGUCGAGGACGCCCAACGACUCAAAUCAAGGGAGCGCGAAGAGAAGGGAACCACGCAUGUUUCCAGAUAUUUUGAGCCGAAUGGUGACGGAUUCGACCUUAGACUGAAAAAUAUAUCAUCUGAUCCGCAGGUGGCCAAGUCGCAGAUUGAGAACUUUAUUUUCAAUACGCCUGCGCCUCCAUCUUAAUGAAUAAUAACCUACAGCCUGCUCGGUAUAGUUGAUCUAAUAAAGAGCAGACGUUGAUACAGAGCAAAGAGAGUGAAUUCGAGCUAGAGCUUUAGAA